AUGUCAAACAUAUUGGAAGAAACCCAAAUUCAUUUGAAUGAAAAUGCAGUGUUGAUUAAAGGAAAUGACAGCACAGUUGGUCUGUACAAGGUUCUUUUUGAAGUAAAUGGUAUCGAGAGAUAUCGAUUUGCUAUUAAAUACAAGACGAAAGAGAAAACUAAUGAAUUGAAGUUUACCAUCAAAGAGAAUCACAAAAAGCAAGCAUUAAGAUAUUGGUUCGAUAUUCAAUUCGGAUAUGUACUGAGGAACAUUGAAACUGAUGAUAGAGUUCAGUUUUAUCCCUCUGAUAAUACCUGCUUUAAUAUCAAUGAUUCACCACUAGUUAAUUCCACUAUUGAUACGGUACUAAACCAAUUGGAUGGUGAUGAUAUACUGGAAAAAUUGAAGUGUUCAAACUCCAAAUGGAGUAUUGAAAAUAUCUACGAGUAUGUACUUUUAACAACACCCAUUCCAGAGGUAUCAAUAGGCGCAUCUGUAAUUCUACCUGAUUUCAUCAAGAAUAUCAAGAGCAUUGUUUCAUUCCAUUUUGCUCGUUAUAAGUAUCCAGAAAUCAGAUUAGACAGAUUAUCAAAGAAAGCAAAAGAUCUUUACAAGGAUUAUUACAAAACCAAUGUAAAGAAGUGUUAUCCCAAACUUGAUAUUCAAGAAUUGAAAGAGAUUGAAAGCCAUUUCUUUGUAAAUGUCAACAUAUACCGAUUCAAUGGAAAGAAAGCGGUUAUGGAACGACAUUCAGGUAAAGAAUACAGGAGUUUCAUUGGAAGUGAAGAAAACAAGGCUCAAUUCAUCCCAGUUGAAGGUACAACUGAAGAAGCUUUGGAUAUAGUGAUGACAAAAAUGGAUCAAAUACGACACAAAUAUCUGCAAUUGUUGUAUUCAAAGUAUUCUCGGUUCUUUGUAAUAAUGGCCAAUUUGGACGAUGCAAAGGUUCAGAAACGAUUAAGAUUAAAAUUACUAGAAUUUCUUGGUGUUCUGGCUAUUUAUGGCUUCAGUAGCUCAUCAUAUGGCAUCGACAUCAUCAAGAAAUACCCUCCACAAGUCUUGAAACACUCUAAAAAACAUGGAAAUGUAUCCAAAUGCGAAAAGCUUUGGAUUAAUUCAAUUCAAGGAGAAUUAGGUCGUAAUAUUGAACAAAGCGAAAAGAUUGAACGAUACAAUGUUGAUGACUACGAUGAAGAAUCAAACACAAUCUAUGACUUUCUGGGAUGCUUUUUCCACUGA